AUGAAACUAUUCAAGGGGAAACUUGGGCUACAACAAACCCGAGGUACACCAAACAAGAAUACACAUCCAAGUCCUGAAUCUGAAGCGACCGUUCUGAGAUGGCUUAAUGAAGUCUUUCCAACGGGAUCCCAGUCCCUGGGAUACGUUUUAAGGCUACUUCCUUUCCUGAGGUGGAUCAGACAUUACAAUUUACGAUGGUUUGUCGGUGACCUGGUAGCAGGAGCUACGGUCGGCGUUGUUGUAAUCCCAGAAAGUAUUGGAUAUGCGAAGCUAGCCGGAUUGCCUGCGCAGUAUGGCCUUUACACAUCUUUCAUGGGGGGUGUGGUAUAUUGGUUCUUUGCAACAUCUAAAGAUAUUACGAUCGGGCCAGUAGCUAUCAUGUCAACAGUCGUCGGAUCGAUCGUCACGGAUGUCCAGGCUCUUUACCCCGGAAUUUCUGGCCCACAGAUCGCCAUGUCGAUCACCGUCAUAUGCGGCAGUAUCGUCACGUUUAUGGGCUUGGCAAGGCUGGGUUUCGUGCUUGAUUUCAUACCUCUUCCGUCGAUCACUGCCUUCGUGACUGGGUCUGCUAUCGCUAUAUGUGCGGGCCAGGUGAAGAAUUUACUGGGAGAAACUGCGGCUUUUAGCACCCGAGCGCCCACCUACCAGGUCUUGAUUGAUGCUCUGAAACAUCUUCCAUCGGCCCAAAAAUAUGAUUCCGUAAUGGGCAUAUCCGCCCUUAUUACUCUCUAUGGCAUUCGCACUGUUUGCAAGUACACAGCGACCAAAUUUCCGGGCCGUGGAAAACUAAUCUUUUUUCUUUCCGCAUUGCGCAUUGUAUUCGUGAUCAUUUCUUUCACGAUAAUAAGUGUGGUCGUGAACUGCCAUCGUGAAGACAACCCUGCUUUUGUUAUUGUUGGAAACCUCCCUCGAGGCUUCCAGGAUGUUGGCCCUCCUCAAAUUAGCGGAAGCAUUGUCCGGCUGUUCAUACAUAAACUUCCCGCUUGCGUGAUCGUUCUUAUCCUAGAACAUAUUGCUGUGGCAAAACAUUUUGGUCGAAACAACAACUAUACGAUUGACCCGUCACAAGAGCUCAUUGCUAUUGGUGUCACCAACCUUCUCGGCCCUUUCAUUGGAGCUUAUUCUGCGACCGGAUCUUUUUCACGAACCGCUAUUCAAGCUAAAUCAGGAGCCAGAACACCUUUGGCUGGUAUGGUCACCGCUAUCGUCGUUCUGAUAUCGAUGUAUGCUUUGACCAAUGCACUGUACUACAUUCCCAACUCCACACUGUCCGCGGUUAUAAUUCAUGCAGUGGGAGACCUGAUCGUUUCGCCAAUCACAAUUUACCAGUUCUGGCAGAUUGCUCCUCUCGACGCUAUUAUAUUCGCAGUUGGGCUAGUUGUUGCCGUUGCGAAUACUAUUCCAAAUAGUAUCUAUGUGACUGUUUGCCUGGCUGUCAUACUUUUGCUUUUCCAACAUGCAAAAUCCCCAGGCCAUUUCUUGGGUCAAACCUGGAUUGGCGAAGAAGAUAGCAAGCGGCCUUUGUUCUUGCCAAACGAAGAGCUGAAGGGCAGCCACGCAAAUUUUGUCUUCUCGCCCUCGCAGCCAGGUGUCUUCAUUUAUCAGUUUUCGGCAAACUUCAAUUAUCCAAAUGCCAGUCAUUACACAGAUGCAAUGGUCAAAUAUAUCCUUCACCAUACACGUCGAAACAAUGAGCAGAUAUCAACUAGAAAGGGCGACAAACAAUGGAAUGACUCACAUCAAGGCGAGAAAAAAAAUGACACCGAACUUCCACUUCUUCGAGCAAUCAUCCUAGAUUUUGGGGCAGUCAUAAAUGUCGAUGUAACUAGUGUCCAGAACCUAGUCGACGUGCGCAAUCAACUCAAUCACAGAACUGCGCCUCUAGAGGUCGAGUGGCAUUUUGUCAGCAUAAGGAAUGAAUGGACCAAGCGCGCCUUAACUGCAGCAGGCUUUGGAAUCCCGCUGACCUAUAUUGCCAGCCCAGCGAUAAGUGGGAACCCUAUCAGCUCACUAAAAUCUCAUUCCGAUGGGACUCCGAUCGAUGUGGAGAAAGGCGGAAAGGCGAGCGACGGGUGCAGGAAAGGGAUUCGCUCCUUAGAAAAACAUGCUAGUAACGACGUUGCUUCGGUUUCGCACAGGACUGAUUGUUGUUCGUAUUUUCAUGUUGAUUUGACAAGUGCACUGGAAAGUGUGAAGGUCCAAUUAGAACUCAAUUCUGUCAGAUAG